CAUGGCGGGCGAGGCGCGCGUGUCGCGCUGGUACUUCGGGGGGCUGGCGUCGUGCGGGGCCGCCUGCUGCACGCACCCGCUGGACCUGCUCAAGGUGCACCUGCAAACGCAGCAGGAGGUGAAGCUCCGUAUGACGGGCAUGGCGCUGCAGGUGGUACGGAGAGAUGGCAUCCUGGCUCUGUACAACGGCCUCAGUGCCUCGCUCUGCCGCCAGAUGACCUACUCCCUGACUCGCUUCGCCAUAUACGAGAGCGUGCGAGACCGUCUGAGCAAGGGCAGUCAGGGGCCCCUGCCCUUCCACCACAAGGUGCUGCUGGGAGGCAUCAGCGGUCUAACCGGAGGCUUCGUGGGAACCCCUGCAGACCUGGUCAACGUGAGGAUGCAGAAUGACAUGAAGCUGCACCCCCAGCAACGGCGCAACUAUGCUCACGCCCUGGACGGCCUGUUCCGCGUGUUCCGGGAAGAGGGCUUGAAGAAGCUGUUCUCAGGCGCGACCAUGGCAUCCAGCCGCGGGGCCUUGGUCACCGUGGGUCAGCUGUCCUGCUACGACCAAGCCAAGCAGCUGGUUCUGGGCACUGGCUACCUGUCGGAUGGCAUCUUCACACACUUUGUUGCUAGCUUCAUUGCUGUAAGUGCCCGCCUCCACCCCCAGGGCGGAUGUGCCACCUUCCUGUGCCAGCCCCUGGACGUGCUCAAGACUCGCCUGAUGAACGCCAAGGGGGAGUACAAGGGCGUGUUCCACUGCGCCCUGGAGACGGCCAAGCUGGGACCCCUGGCCUUCUACAAGGGCCUCUUUCCUGCCGCCGUCCGCCUCAUCCCGCACACCGUGCUGACCUUUGUCUUCCUGGAACAGCUGCGCCAGCACUUUGGGACAAAGGCCCCAUCCUGACUGGGCCACGCACGGUCCUUCCCCAGCCCGCAGCGCCACCCCCACCCGUGCGGCACCCAGGGACGAGAGGCCAGGCCACCCCAGGGCUGCC